CGCUGAUCCUUGAGGUGAGCAUGGUUCUUGAUUGCUUGGUGUGCAAUUUACAAUAAAACACAAUUCCAGUGUAAAAUUAGUACGAUACAAAUCUAUGUGAAGAAUUUACUGUAUCAUAUGCAGCUUUAACGAACAUAUUCAAGUAAAACGAGAAUGAUUUCGUUGACUGACAACAGCUCGGAGUGUUGGUUGUCGAAUCAAUAUGGCGGACAUUUUUCUUAACAACACGUGGCUUUCUCGGGAUGUGGCAACCCAGUUUGUGCAAUUACAUUGCUUCACAGCAGUCAUAUACAUUUUUUUAUUUAUAUGAGGCAAGUUUUGUCUUUAAAAGUUUUUUAAACAUCCUUGACACACUUCAAGAUGGUCAGGGAAGACAAGGCAACGUGGAAAUCCAAUUAUUUUUUAAAGAUAAUUCAACUUUUGGAUGAAUACCCCAAAUGUUUUCUAGUAGGAGCUGACAAUGUUGGUUCCAAACAGAUGCAGACAAUCCGCAUGUCUCUGCGAGGCGAUGCAGUUGUUUUGAUGGGUAAGAAUACUAUGAUGCGUAAAGCCAUACGUGGUCACUUGGAAAACAAUCCUGAUCUUGAAAAGCUUAUUCCUCAUAUAAAAGGCAAUGUUGGUUUCGUCUUCACCACCCAGGACCUGAUACAAAUUAGAGACAAGAUUCUGGAUAACAAGGUUGCAGCUCCAGCUAGAGCUGGUGCAUUGGCUCCUUGUGAUGUCAGACUGGGUGCUCAAAACACCGGUCUUGGUCCAGAGAAAACCUCUUUCUUCCAGGCUUUAUCUAUCCCAACGAAGAUUUCAAGAGGUACCAUUGAAAUCUUGAACGAUGUUCAUUUGAUCAAAGAAGGUGACAAAGUGGGUGCAUCAGAAGCAACUCUUCUGAACAUGUUGAAAAUCUCUCCCUUUACAUAUGGUUUAAAGGUAUUCCAAGUGUAUGACAGUGGGAGUGUGUUUGCACCAAGUGUCUUGGAUAUCACUGAUGAUGAUAUAGCAAACACUUUUAUUGAAGGCAUUGCACAAAUUGCUAGUGUGUGUCUGGAGAUUGGUUAUCCAACAGUUGCAAGUGUACCACAUUCAAUAGUCAAUGGUUUCAAGAACCUAUUGGCUCUUGCUGCUGAAACAGAUAUCGAGUUCAAAGAAGCUGAACAGAUGAAGGCAUAUCUGGCUGAUCCAUCUGCAUUUGUUGUGGAAGUAGCUCCGGCUGCUGAGGAAAAGUCUGAAGCAAAGGAAGAGAAGAAAGAAGAAUCUGAGGAAGAAUCUGACGAUGACAUGGGAUUUGGUCUUUUUGACUAAAAUUCACACCUACCAAAUGUGAUAGCAACAAGAAUUUUAUCACUUCAACAUAUUGCCUUCUGGUGCAGUGACCACUCGUAUCAGUAGUUUAAGGAAGGUAUCCAGCAGACAAUGUGGCUAUAUGCAAAUUAUCUCUUGAAAUAACUCAACACCAGGCAUUGGCAUUCACUGCUGAUUAAAUUCAGUUUUGAAAUUUUUGUUGUGAUCAUAUUUGGAGAGAACUCAUCUGAAUAAAAAAAAAAUGAAAGUAA